AUGGUACAGAAUACCUACCAGUGGGCCCUGGACCAAGGCUGUGAUUGGCCUGAGCCGGACAAUGCCACUAGUGGCGGAUAUGAUCUCAACCUCUUCGCCAGCCCUCCCGACUGCAGCUUCCUGUGCUCCGUAUGCCACGGGGUUCUCAAGAGGCCAGUGAGGCUGCCAUGCAGCCACAUCUUCUGCAAGAAAUGCAUCCUCCGGUGGCUAGCCAGACAAAAGACCUGUCCGUGCUGCAGGAGAGAAGUGAAACGGAAAAAGAUGGUCCAUGUAAAUAAACUUCGGAGGACCAUUGGCCGCUUGGAAGUCAAGUGCAAGAACGCAGAAGCUGGCUGCUUAGUGACAUGCCCCCUGGCCCAUCGCAGGGGGCACCAGGACUCCUGCCCUUUUGAGCUGAUGGCUUGUCCCAACGAGGGCUGCCCGGCACGGGUGCUGCGUGGGGCCCUGGCUGAGCACCGGCAGCACUGCCAGCAUGGGGCCCAGCAGCACUGCCCACUGGGCUGUGGGGCCACCCUGGGCCCGGUGGAGCGUGCCCACCACAACUGCUACCAGGAGCUGCGUGAGGCCUGGAGCCAGCGGCAGGAGCGCAGCCGGAGCCUGGUGCUGGGUCUCCUGCGGCGCGUGCGCAAGGUGCACCACGCCACCAACUUCAUCCGCAGGCAGCUGGCCCAGCUCCGGGACUUCCUGCGGGAGGACGACGCGCUGAUCGCGGGCACCCCGCAAGAGGAGACUGAGGCCACCCCAGAAGGCAGCACUGGGGCCGAGGUGUGGGGAGCUCCGGGCCUAGGUACCUUGUAA